GCCUGAUGAAUCAGCCCGAAAAAUAAAUUCAUGGGUAACCAAGGAGACUAAAGGUUUGAAGCUUGAUACUCCCAAUUUGAAUGGCGUGGUGAUAGCCCUUGCGAAUUGUAUUUCAAAGGAUUAUGGGCUGAUAAACCAUUCAGUGCAUAUUUCACAAAGACGAAAGACUUUCAUCUCAUAAAUGGGGAGACUGUUUCGGUCUCUUUUAUGAGUAGCAGUCAAGAGUUCAAUUACGGUUCGUUUGAAGAUGUUAAGAUCCUCCGAAUUCCAUAUGAAAGUAAAGACCAAUUCUCCAUGUAUAUCUUUCUUCCGGAUACGAAAGAUGGAUUGCAGGAUCUCUUACAACUUUUUCAUUCUGAUCCUGCUUUAUUUCAUGAACGAUUUAACCUUACACUGCGGCAUUUGGAUGAGCUAUGGAUACCCAAAUUCAAGAUAUCUUAUAAAUUUGAAGCUCAUGAAGUUAUAAAACAAAUGGGACUGACAUUGCCUUUCGAACCAACAAAUUUGGAGCUUAGCCGCAUAGUAGAGCCUAGAGUUCCUGAUCAGGAUAUGCCUUAUGUUUCGAAAAUACUUCAGAAAUCUUUUAUUGAAAUCAACGAAGAAGGAACAGAAGCUGCCGCUUGGACUACCGGGUAUGCGAAGAUGGCGUCAGCAAAACGUCCACGCCCACCUCCACCAGCAAAGUUUGUGGCAGACCAUCCUUUCAUGUUCAUGAUAAGAGAAGACAAGUCUCUAGCUGUUUUGUUUAUCGGUGUGGUAUUCAAUCCUCAUAUAGACUCUUCUGCAUAGCCUUUCAUCUUGAAACAAUUUCUUAGACCAAAUUUUGGUAUGGAAUAUUUUGAUAUCUUUAUUUUGGAUUUAUGUUUUAUAUGCUUUUUUAUCUUUUGGAAAACCGAAUACAAUUGAACA